AUGAACUGUUAUGGGCCAACCACGUUCCGUGACAGUUGCUCGCGCUCCUCCGUCAAUACAACACAUGCAUUUUAAACGAAAGCACAUGAAUUUUUGUAUGUGUGAUGGAUACUAAGGGUCAUUCAUUUCUGGACAGAGUUUUUAAUAUUUUGAAGGAUGAAACCGCUGACGAAGUUCCUCUCAUUCAGUUUAAGCAUCCAAAGGAGUUAGAAGAAAUACUCAGCAAUGACCUCGACAUAUCUAUAAACGUGGAUGACAAAGAGCUGGAAAACUCCGUUAGAAAAAUUCUGCAGUACAGUGUUAAAACAAACAAAGUGACCUUUAGGAACCAGUUGUAUGGUCCCAUGGAUCCCUAUGGACUGGCCGGGACGUGGAUAGCCGAGGCUUUCAACACCAGCCAGUACACAUUUGAAGUCGCCCCAGUAUUUACAUUGAUAGAACUCAAAAUGAUAGAGCAUAUAUUAAAAUUGUUUGGUAUUCCUGGAGGGGAUGGUAUCUUCAGUCCAGGAGGGAGCGUGUCCAUGUUGUAUGCAUUAGUAGCUGCGAGAUUUAAAAAAUUCCCUGAAGUCAAGAGCAAGGGCAUGCAAAAACUGCCAGAAAUGACCAUAUUCACUUCCGAAGAUAGUCACUAUUCCAUUAUAAAGGCCGCUCAUUGGCUUGGUUUUGGCACAGAAAGUGUUAUAUCUAUUAAAACUAAUAGUUCUGGUCAGAUGAUCGUAAACGAACUAAAUAAAGCGAUAGAACGUCAAUUGGGUCUAGGAAAAUAUCCUGUGUUCGUAAACGCUACUGCGGGUACAACGGUUCUUGGAGCCAUUGACGACUUGGAAGCAAUUGCGUCUGUUUGUAAAAAAUACGAUAUUUGGAUGCAUGUUGACGCCUGUUGGGGUGGAGGCUUGAUGCUUUCUGCCACAUUAAGAAAUAGAUUGCAAGGAAUUCAAUUUGCAGAUUCCAUUUCCUGGAAUCCACAUAAGAUGAUCGGCGCUCCGUUACAAUGUUCGAUAUUUCUGCUGAAAGAAAAGGGUUUGCUGCACGAAGCCAACGCUGCUGCAGCACAGUACCUGUUCCAGCAAGACAAGUUUUAUGACGUUCGAUAUGACACAGGGGAUAAAAGUGUCCAGUGCGGGAGAAAGAUAGAUUCUUUUAAAUUGUGGAUGAUGUGGAAGGCGCGAGGAGAUAUCGGGCUCUGUAAGCUGAUGGAUCAUGUUAUGAGGAUAUCAGAGUUCUGUUUGCGAUCUAUUGCUGAAAGAGAAGGUUUCAAACUAGUUUCGGAUACCUUGCAAUGUCCUAACAUUUGUUUCUGGUACAUUCCAGUUUUUAUGAGAAAACGGGAGGAAAAUGAUGAGUGGUGGGCACUCAUUCAUAAGAUUACACCGAAACUGAAAGAGCUGUUGACCUUAAGUUCUCGGUUAAUGAUAGCUUACACCCCUUUACGUCAUCACAAGAAUUUUUUCCGACUAGCGUUCACCUUCCACCCUGUUGUUGAAGAAAAUCACGUCCUGGAGAUAUUAAAAUCUAUAGAGGAAUGUGGGGAAAUGGUAAACACGGACAUGGUCUAACUGACCAUAGAGGAGUUAAUGAUUUGUGACCUCCGGGAGUACAAUUAAUUGUCCCUUUAACACUUCCUGUGUAUUUCGAAUAUGUAACUCGGUUUAAAUGUAACGCUGUACGAUUUGUUUGCUUACUGGAAUGGUUAGUGUAGAAUAUUCGUGAAUGCGAUGCUUUUUAAAUGAUAAAUAUAAAUGUAAAAAAUGCAGCUUCAAUUACAAUUAAUACUUUGUGACAUAAUGCA